AUGGAAAGUUUAAUAGAUGAAGAGACUCCUGAAGAAUUAGAAACUGCCUUUCAAAGGUUCAGAGAAUUUGCCCCCACUUUGGAAUCUGCUUUGUCUACUCAGAGAAUCCUUAAAGAAUACAAAACUUUAGUUCGGACGAAAGAAUGCAAAGGAAUCCACACUGAAUUUGAAAAUGGCUCGAAUAUCUAUGUUUGAAAUAUUCAUAUUGACAUGAACAAAUAUUCUUAUUUAUUUAAACUAAAAUCUCCAUAAUUUGCUAGCUAAAACCAUUUAAUUUCUAAAAAAAAAAAUUAUCUGGUAAAUCCAUGGUAAUAAAUAAUCUGAGGCUUUAUAUCAAAUUUCUUCUAUAUUAAAUAGUGAUUUUGAUGCAUAUGUACAAAGAAAUCCAGGUAGAAAAAAAGAACUUGUUUUCGAGGUCAGAUACGGUCAGAACUAUCCUUCAGAGCCUCCAUUUGUCAGAGUUAUAAGACCGAGGUUUUCAUUUCGCACUGGCCAUAUCACGAUAGGAGGUUCAGUUUGUAUCCAUGGUUUAACUACUUCAGGUUGAAAUCCAGAUAGAAACAUCGAUGGGAUACUUAUGGAAAUUUUGUCAAAUAUAGCGGAAGGCCAUGGAAGACUUGAUUGCUACCACGACAGAGACUACACUCUCAAUGAAGCUGAAAUCGCGUUUAGACGAGCCCUCAGGGUUCAUGGAUGGUAA